AUGUUAUCUUGGAAGUCUUCCUGCACUCCUUGUUCCAGGGGUGCUGUAAGGUCUUUUUCGCGAUUUCGCCUGCCACUCCUGGUUCGAGCGCAACCAUGGAAAUCACAUGGAGCUCAAAUCAGAUAUUCUUCAGCAGGCGCAAAUAAUGAUACCACCCCAAGACGAUCCAUCUCCGUUCCGGCCUCUUCUAGAUUUAAUGACAUCGGAGUGCAACAACUCAGUGAUUAUGUUCACCCUCAAGUCUUUCCGGGCAAAGGUCGAAUCCCCGAUCCCGAUCUAGUCGCCUUAUCAAAAGAUCACCUUGCCCGCCAUGAGCUCCUCGGCAAGUCAGAAAGUGGCGCGAAACCUGUCGCAUUCGAUCUCCCCGCUCUCCAAGGUCAAACUUUAGAUGAGCAUUUCUACAAACUGGGAAUGGACUCAUCAGAGCCUUACCUAACGUAUGCCAAAUCUUACGCGACAGUCAAUUGUCCGUCCAAACCGCGAAAAUGGGAAAGAAGGAGUGGAUGGACCAAAUACAACUCGGAUGGCACUUCGGAACCAGUCGAUGCGCCAAAUGAAUCUAUGCUUACAUUCGACACCGAAGUCAUGUAUAAAGAAAAUUCAUUUGCCGUCAUGGCCUGCGCGGUGAGCCCGACUGCUUGGUAUGCGUGGAUCUCACCGUGGCUCCUCGGCGAGACGAAUAAUGAGAUUCAGCUGGUACCCCUGGGAGACCCUACCCAACCCCGGAUCGUUGUUGGCCACAAUAUUGGAUAUGAUCGGGCCCGAGUCCUGGAGGAGUACGACAUGAAGCAAUCUCAGAACUUCUUCCUCGAUACGAUGUCUCUUCAUGUCGCAGUAAAUGGGAUGUGUUCGCAACAGAGACCAACUUGGAUGCGCCAUAAAAAGAACAAGGACUUGAGAGACAAAAUCGCAAAUGAGCAUAACUCCGUGGAACUAGCAGCACUUCUUGAAAGUAACAUGCUUAGAGAAGAGGAGGAAGAGCUAUGGGUUGGACGAAGCUCCGUGAACUCAUUGCGAGACGUGGCCAAGUUCCAUUGUGAUGUUACCAUCGACAAAGCGCAAAGAGAUCUUUUUGGUGAACUCGAUCGUGAUGCUAUUGUGCUCAGACUAGAAGAACUUCUCGACUAUUGUGCCGCCGAUGUUUCUAUCACACACCGUGUGUACCGAAAGGUCUUUCCAAACUUCCUCGAAACGUGUCCCCAUCCUGUUAGUUUUGGCGCCCUUAGACACCUGUCGUCUGUCAUUUUACCGGUCAACCAAUCCUGGAAGGAGUAUCUCACCAGUGCCGAAGAAACUUAUCAUACACGUCUUAAUGAGGUCCAACGGAAAUUGAUUGAACUAUGUGACGAGGCAUUGAAAUGCAAAGAUCAGCCAGAUAUUUACUCGAACGAUCCUUGGUUGCGCCAGCUGGACUGGUCAGGCCAAGAGAUCAAAAUGGUGAAAGGAAAGAAAAAGAAUGAUCCUCCUCGUCCCGCAGCAAGGCAAAAGAAGCCGGGAAUGCCAAAAUGGUAUAAGGAUCUUUUUGCCACGAAUGCCGCAGAGAUCAACCUCACUGUGCGCACUCGCAUCGCACCAGUUUUGCUCAAGUUAUCAUGGGACAAUUAUCCUCUCGUCUGGUCUGACAAGCACGGUUGGACUUUCCGAGUACCUCGUGACCAGCUAAAACAAUACGAAAACCAGCCAGUUGUUCUCUGUGAUAUGGCUGAAGAAACAGACCCCAAAUUACGAGACGACCGGAAGAACACGUACUUCAAGGUUCCUCAUAAAGAUGGUCCACAGGCUAGAUGUACUAACCCAUUAGGCAAAGGCUAUAUGGGAUAUUUCGAGCGCGGAAUUCUAUCUUCUCAGUACGAACUCGCCAAAGAGGCACUCGACAUGAACGCUUCUUGCUCCUACUGGAUCAGUGCCCGAGACCGCAUCAAGAGUCAGAUUGUGGUCUACGAGGAUCAAGUCUCCAAGGACGGCAAGAAACAAGCCGCCAGUGACAACCGCGUUGGAUUCAUCUUGCCUCAGGUUAUCCCAAUGGGAACUAUCACUCGCCGUGCGGUGGAGAAUACUUGGCUGACUGCCAGCAAUGCCAAGGCAAAUCGUGUCGGUUCAGAGUUGAAGGCGAUGAUCAAAGCACCUCCAGGUCACUCCUUUGUAGGAGCCGAUGUUGACUCUCAAGAGUUGUGGAUUGCAAGUCUUGUAGGUGACGCUACCUUCCAAAUUCAUGGAGGAAAUGCAAUCGGCUUCAUGACCCUUGAAGGAUCCAAGAAUGCAGGAACUGAUUUGCAUUCGCGAAGUGCGCAAAUUUUGGGCAUUUCGCGUAAUGAUGCAAAGGUCUUUAACUACGGUCGAAUUUAUGGCGCUGGCGUCAAGUUCGCCUCGACCCUACUUCGUCAAUUCAACCCAUCUUUGACUGAAAGGCAAACCCAGGAGACUGCCCAAAACCUUUAUAAAGAGACCAAAGGAACACGCACUUCACGUCGUAUGCUCAGUGAAACUCCGUUCUGGCGAGGUGGCACUGAGUCCUUUGUCUUCAACAAGCUGGAGGAGUUUGCGGACCAGGAACGCCCCCGCACCCCUGCUUUAGGCGCUGGCAUCACUGAAGCAUUGAUGCGACGCUUCAUCAACAAAGGAAGCUUCAUGACAUCUCGAAUUAAUUGGGCUAUUCAAUCGUCUGGCGUUGACUAUCUCCACCUCUUGAUCAUCGGCAUGGAUUAUCUCAUUAGACGGUUCAAUAUUCAAACCCGCUUGGCUAUCACUGUACACGAUGAAAUUCGAUACCUUGUCAAAGAUGAAGACAGAUACCGCGCUGCGAUGGCGUUGCAGAUUGCAAAUGUCUGGACACGCGCCAUGUUCUCGCAGCAAGUUGGCAUCGAUGAUCUUCCCCAGUCAUGUGCCUAUUUCUCAGCUGUUGAUGUUGACCAUGUUCUGCGAAAGGAGGUUGACAUGGAUUGCGUUACUCCUUCGCAUCCUCACAAGAUUCCACACGGUGAAACAUUGGACAUUGAACAGCUUCUCGGUAAAGAGCAAGAAGCCUUCUUGGACCCAUCUAUCACGCCUCACUCAGCUCCCACCCCCGAAAAGUACAAAUACACCCCGCGAGAGUCGGUCAUGUCUGCUCUGCAGGCCUCGAAUGACAUUGACUUCAUCAAGGCCCAGGUCACAAAAGAUGACAAGGAGCUCCGUGAAAUCAUCAAGCAGAAAGCCCAGGCAGGCACCCGUCCCUCAACAUCCAGUACUCGCACUACCUCUCAAAUCAAUGGCAAAUCGUCCAAUUGGACUUCCGCAAAGCCACAGCGGGCAGUUCUAAUGGAUAUGGAGUCAGGCAUCUACCCAGACUUCCGCAGCCCCCCUCGUUCAAGCUCGGGCAACAAACAGAGUCAGAUGGGCUUCCAACGCUCUUCCUGGAAACCUCGACCAACAGCUCGAGCCUGA